GCGUUUAACCGUAUUAAUCCAUCUGCUGCCAAACAGAGCUCGUAAAUGUAUGAAAUGUUCAAAGUGUAAUUCCACGCAGCGGACCUUCUCUUUUUUAAUGAGCUUUUAUCUGUAGCUGAAGCCCAGAGUGUAAAACAAAGGUGUCAAUUUUGAAAACGUCUACAAAUUAAUUAAUUUUCAGGUCCAGCACUAGUUCACAGGUCUUCAACAGGGGGUCCGUAACCCCUAGGGGAUUCGCAGAGGUACUGCGGCGGGGUCACAAAGUCUGCGAAACUGGAAUCAAACCCCCAAUCAGCUCGAUUUGUCUUGAAGUGUCGGUAAAGAGCAGAUUAGUAUUCAACAAAUUUACUGAAAAAAAUACAUGUUACUAAAAAGUAUUCCGCCUUUCGUCCACUACCGACAAAUUAAUCUCAGUUCAUCGGGCAAACAUUCCCUAGAAAGCCUCCUAUACGUGUCAGGUCAGCCGUGUGGAUGGUGUGAAUGAAAGGGAAGACACAUCGGAGGCACGGUGACUCUGCAGAGAGAGCUGUGAUUGACUCAAGCUGGUGCGAGAGGAGCAGGCCUCUCCACGGCGGGACAGAAAUAGCCGGCGUGCAACAAGUCGCGAGUAAGAGCGUGAGGGUGCAGGGGUCAGCUGUCUCCGGGGAGGGGGACAAGAGCGGAGACAGAAAGAGGGAGCGAGCCAGGGAGGCAAGAGGCUCUGCUGAGGGACAGAAAACCGACGGGGAAACUAGACUAGAGUAUUUCGCAAAGAUUUGAAGAAAUUAAGACGACGGAGAGGAAAGAAGCGGGAAUUAUCAGUCCUCUAUGAAAAGAGGAGGUCGAUUGCAGACUUAAGAGACAGUUCUUUCACCCAGACCAAGGACAUACUGUCUGUGUCGGUCAAAGCGAUGUCUGCUAUCUAUCUGUCAAAAGUGGCGCCCAAGGAAUCAACACCCAGCCUUUUGAAACCGGGACAAGAUCAGACGCGUGACUCUGGGAAAAAAGUGAAACUAACCAAGAUGGUCGAAGACUCCCAACACAGGAAAGACGACCUCCCUUCACCUCCUUCAGCUGCACAUCAGCCAGGACCAGAAGAAAUCUCUGGCGCACAUUCUCUACAUCCCAUGCCAUCCCAACCCUCCAAAGAAAUGUUAUACCAACGGCGACAGAAGUGCGAGUUGAAAAGGCUCCUGAAGCACACCCACCCAGAGCUGAAGAUGUUGGAUGAUGUUGUGGAUGAGGAGCUCGCUGAGGUUUUGACCUCAGAAACGGUGACAGCUGGUGAAACUGGAUACGAGGGAGAGGUCCUCUCAAGGCGCAUGAUAUUUGAGAACUGUGGGCUGAGUAACAGAAUAUCUCCUUACCCUCCCAAGAUGCACGCGGCAGAAGGAACAGUGGAAAGAUGUGAUUUCAGUAAAACGCCAGCUGUUUUAGCCAAGCCAAAGCAGGGGCCUCAUGCUGAAAGUGUUAAAGAGAUCACAGAGGAUAGUUUCAGGCCAGAUCUUAACAGAGCGUGUGAGGAGGAGGAGGUGAUAAAAAUAGAUGUUCAAGCUACCAGAAGGAUAUUUGAGAGUCAGUCUGUGAACACAUCUAGGCCAAAUACAGAUAAUAAAUUUCAGGGGAAAUUUUCUAUUUCUGGGGCUGACACAAAGGCAGCCCGAAAACAAAGUGCCGAAGAUGACUUUUCCAGUAUCAAAGAGGCUUCUGCUGGUGAAACACUCUUUGCAGACGAGUCCUCGGGUUUUCCCGAUUCAGAAACAAUAAGAACAAGUGCGGCUCUUUUCGAAAACAAUCCUUUUAUCUCUACAAACAUAGAAAGAGAGCACACUUCAAAAACUCAAAUCCCAGCAGAAGGCAGUGGGGCAGUGGAGGACUGCGUGACAGCGAACGUGAAGAACAGAACCCAUCUGUUUGAAUCAAUGCCGUUCGACAAAAUCAGGCAUCAGAACAAGGAUGAAAUUGAGAUGAUGGUUGAGAACAUCAAGGAAACAUUGAUUUUUCUCUACGGUGUUAAUGCCAUUCAUUCAUCUGGCUCAAUCAUCGAGGUGAAUGAGACGAUGAUCGCCAAAAAGGCUCGAUUCGCGCUAUUAGAAAGCGGGCCAGAGAUAAAAUACGAUGAGGUGGCUGAAGGCGGCGCGCAAAACUUUAUAGUCCAGCUCCUCCCGCGGGUAAACCUAAAGCCUCAGAUCACGUACCUAAAGGAGGACGGUAAAGGGUGUAUGGAGGCCACAGUGGUGAAUGUACCUGUUCACCAGCAUCAGUUCAGCACCAGCAAAGACACAGAGUUUAAAACUGCCCAUGUGGUUCAGCUUGUUGAGGAUAUUCUCAACCAGGAUAACUCUCUGAGGAAAGGAGUAAUCAUUCAAGAAGAUGUAAACAACUGCGCUAGAGUAAUUGUUUACUCUCUUUACAAGUACUUUGAUGAGGAAGAUGUGAAGGGCUACAGUCCUCCACAAGGUGCUGAGUUUGUUGAACCAGGGACAGAAAGAGCUGACAAAGGAACUGAAUCAACCUUAAGUGGCCUUCAAGAUCAAACCUCAGUAGUAUCCGACAGACCUGCAGUCACAGUAAAGGGAAAUGUAAAACUGUUCAAGAGUUGUAUUGAAAAGGGAGAUUUGGAGUUUUUAAGAUCUCUUCAAGCCGAAGCAACAGUUGAAGAGCAAGAUGUGGUUAGCCAGGAUGUAGAACUACUUCAUGAACAGAGAGAUGGUCAGGACUGUACUCCAGAGUGGGUUCCAGUGGAUGUAAAGAGGCUAAAAAGCAUCUUCUCUGGAGAUCAAAGUCAAAUCCAACCGAAGAAAAACUUCCACGAACGUCCAUCUGAUACAAUUCCUCGUGCAUUUACAGGAUAUAAUGUGUUACUUGAAAAAAGCCAGUCCUCUACAGAAUGUAACACUGGAGUUAUGCUCCAUAAACAGGAAAAGACUUCCAUUAGGGAGUGUGGUGGACAAGCACAAGAUGAAGUAUGUAACUUCAAAGUUGUGCUACAGGAGUCUAAUUUGCAUUUAGGGACACAGGAUGAUGACAGGGUUCACCAAGCUGAAUUAGUCGAGGUGGUAGAUGACAACGAUGAGAUCAAUAACCUCCAAACUGCAAUACACUGUCUCCAGCAGGCAACAAACGAGGCCAAAUCUUUGUGUUACUCAUCACAAGAAAAAACAAAAAUCCAAGAUUCACCCAAAGAACCUCUCGUCUCGGUUACAGCAGAUAGUAUCAAACAUUCAAUCACAGAAGCAGGAACACCUCAAGCAAAUGACGACCAAAAAGCGGACUCAUUCCCUGAACCAAGGUGCAGUGAGCUCCAGUCGGUCUGCAACUUCACCUCAGGACAUAAAUUAGACAAUACAGAGACAUGCCAGAAAAGCAGCACUCCUGAGGAAGCUCUAACUAGAGGUCAAAACAUCGCUCAGGUGGUACAGAGUCAACCCUUUGUGUCUGAUGUGGUCUCUGCACAUUGUUCAGAAGCAACAUCUGCAACACAAGAGGAGGAGGAAGUUGUUUUUCAGGGUAAAAUUCAAGCAGCUUUGGAAUCGUUAGAGAAAUCCAACAUCAAUGUCUCAAGGGGAGAUUUUAAAGCAGCUAUGAUUUACAGAAACUCUUCUCAAACUCACCAAGAACAAUUGCAAAAUGUGUCCGCUCAAAAGCCCAAUAUACAGGAGUAUACCUCUGUUGCUGAACCUCAACCACCUCAAGCUCCAAAUUCAGAGUCUUUGAACCAAACUGAAACCCUGAGAGAACCACCUAUAAGUACUGUUACCACGAAAAGCAAAGGGCCCACUGGUCCAAAACCAGCCAUUCCACCCAAACCAGAACAUCUUAACUUAAAGCAAAUACCUAAUCAAUCAGCCAACACAAAGAAUCCGACAGCUACAGCUAGCACUGAAAUGGUUCCUCAAGUUCCUCAACCAUUGCCAAAGAUAUUAAUUUCAUGUAAGGAUGAACAUAAGGAAGAGAAGUUUAAAUAUAAUAGUGGGACAGACUCAGCAUUUGAUUCAUUAGAUGAAAGAAAGGAACUUUCAGUUAAAUCUGUACAGAUGUCUCAGGAAGUUCAAGGUUCUGCUAUUGCCGUACAAAAUGAUAAAAUGGAUAAGAAAGUCCCUGGUGAGAUGAAUGUCCCAAAAGAGGAGAAAAUCCCCCAGGAUUUACCACCAAAAGAUAACACAAAUGAAACAGAUGAAAGCCACGUAGAUUUCCACGAAGCAUGUCAGAAAUUUGGAGGUAAAAAGGGAUUUUCAAUGAAGACUCCCCCUGUGAAGCCAAAACGAGUAAGAAUUGCCCAGCCCGAAAAUAAAAACUCAAAAAUAAUGUCUGGGGGCAACGAUGCACCUGUUCUUCCACCUGUGGAUCCUGAACCAGCACAUAUCAUGUCUGAUCCAUCUCAUAACAACUAUGGACGAACACACGACAAUAAAGACAAGCAAGAGAAAGAAAUGACGCAAGAAAUAAAAGUUGAGUUGAGGGAAAAGAAAGGACGAACCGAAACAGAGGACGAACGCCGACAGCGGCUGUCAGUUCACAUGGAUGAGAUCAUGAGAGGGAACAUAGUGGCGGCAAUGGAAAUUUUUGACAACUUACGAAAGCAGGAGGAACUGCAGAACAUUCUCAGCCGGGUUGAAGACAUUGAACAGGACACGAGUGAGGUUGAUGUAACGUCUCUGAGGAGAGUAUUUGAGAACGUCCCUGACUGGGUUGUCAGCUCUGACAAAAAGAAACAAAAAAAGGUCAGAGCAGAAAACAAAGACAAAAAGCAGCAGUUACCGAGAGAGAGCACCGAAAGUAAAUCCUCAAUGGCCCUUGUUUUUGGAGAUCUUGAGCGCGCUAGUGAGGAAAUCAUGAGUUUAAAAGAGCAGACUUUAGCCAGACUUAUGGACAUAGAGGAAGCCAUAAAGAAGGCGCUUUAUUCUGUCUCUACACUGAAAUCUGACUCAGAUAUUGCUGGUUUAUCGUGUCUGUUCAAAGAAUCCUUAGGGAUCCCUGCUCCAUCCUCUGGCAAUAUUAGCAAAAUUAGCAUAGGGUCAAGCAGAAUGAAAUCAGAGCAGGAGCAGGAAAGUGCUACCAAGCUGGGAAACACAGCUCAACCACCCGGGCAAAGUGAAAACCUUGUAAAGCAACGGGCAAGUCCUCCGUCUUCGCCUGCAUUCAUAUCCAUCCAGUCAGCAGCUAGAAAAGCGGAUAAAGCACAAGCGCCACCACCGGAAACCUCAAUCUGCCCAGCGUGCCAGCAGAGCCCGAAGCCGGAGGAGACAUUUCGAACAACAAAGACGCUGACGUGCAGCAGCCCUGCUCAGAGCAGAAGAUACGACCCCAGGAAAGGAGGCCAAAAACAAUCCACCUCCAGCCACCUCAACCCAAAUCCAGAACUAGGAGUGCUCGAGGUGCAGGGGAACAGCAUCACAGGAACUAAAACUGUCACCGAAAAUUAUGAGAGGACCGAUAACCUCGGUAACCGGUUUUACUCAUCCAAAACCUCCACUGUUGUCAAUACUCAGCCAGAAACAAAGACGUCCCCUACACAUCAGGUCGUGAUCAGUCCAGUUACAAAUCAGGUCACCACAUACCCAGAAGUUCAGCUGUCAGUUAAUCAGAUCAACACAUCAGUACCUAAAUAGCCAAAUGCUGUGUUUUUUUUCAUAUUUUAUUCUGAGAUGUCAUGUACAUAAUAAUGUGUUACUUUUGUUAGGUUUGCUUUUUUAUUUAUAUAAUAUUGUCACUGGUGUUAGAUUUUCUUGUUGACGUUUACUUCUUAUUAUUUAAAACUGCGUUUGAGUUGUUGAAAGUAAACAUACGUCUGUCGCUCAUCCCACUGUAUGUGUUACGAGUGGUUGGUUAAAGAUUUUGACUUCAA